AGGACUUCAACGACGCAAGCCAAAGAACCUAGACUAAAAUCAAUAGACACAAGAAAGGAAAAUGAAGAAGCAAAAGAUUACAACCUUUGUUAAAGAACUCAACUUACGGAUGAAUUCGAAGAAAGAACCGAUAAGUCUCCGAUACAUUCACAUCCUUGGCACCGUUGUCUUCUUCUCCUCUGUCUCCUCUCUCGUCAUCCUCCUUGCUUUUUACCUUAACCAACGCCUCCAAACAUCACUCUUCCUCGUCGAAGAUUAUCACACUCUCUCCUCAAAUCCUCUCACUUCUCCUUCCCUCUCUCCUCCUCCUUCUCCUUCUCCUCGCAGCUCUGGUAGUAAUAUUGCAGACGAAGAGCUGAUGUGGCGAGCAGCGAUGGCCCCACGCAGCCCCAUGAAGAAUGAGACCCAUCCAAAGGUUGCGUUCAUGUUUCUAACGAGGUGGAAUUUGCCGUUGUCCCCUCUUUGGGAAAUGUUCUUCAAAGGUCAUGAAGGGUUUUAUUCCAUCUACGUUCAUACCUCGCCGGAGUUCACUCAAGAGCCGCCGGAAUCUUCAGUAUUUUACAAGAAACGGAUACCAAGCAAGGCCGUUGAAUGGGGAAAAUGUUCGAUGAUGGAUGCAGAGAAGCGUCUUAUAUCUCAUGCCCUACUAGAACCUUCCAACGCACGCUUCGUCCUCCUCUCCGAGACUUGUAUCCCUCUCUUCAACUUCACCACAAUCUACACUUACCUCACGCGCUCCACUCGCUCUUUCCUCGGCUCAUUCGACGACCCAAGGCCCAUGGGCCGAGGCCGUUACACCCCUAAAAUGCUCCCACACGUGUCGCUCUCUGACUGGCGGAAAGGAAACCAAUGGUUCGAAAUCUCACGUAGAGUCGCCGCCGAGAUCGUCUCUGAUCGCCGGUACUACGCCGUCUUUAAGGAUCACUGCCGACCGCCGUGUUAUAUCGACGAGCAUUAUCUUCCGACGUUAGUUAACAAGAUUUGUCCGGAGAUGAAUUCGAACCGGACAGUGACGUGGGUUGAUUGGUCAAGAGGUGGGUCCCAUCCAGCGAGGUUUGUGAGGAAAGAUAUUCGGGUCGGGUUCUUGGAUCGGAUCCGGUUCGGUUCGAAUUGUAGCUACGAAGGUGAGGUGACGAAUGUGUGUUUUCUUUUCGGGAGGAAGUUUCAUGUGAGCACCCUCGAGCCUCUCAUGAAGAUUGCUCCAUAUUUGUUUGGAAUUUAAUUAAGACUUUAAUUUUUCAUUUUAAACACACAAAUAAUUCAUUCAUAUACUAAUAUACUUGUGAUGAGACUGUUAAUUUAUUCAUUCGAAUACACAAUCUACUCCAAUAUGUGCAAAUA